AUGGCGCCCUACUCAAGGAUAUACCAUCAGGAUGAGUCCUCCAGAGAAACGGGUGUCCUUUUCGAGGACGAUGCACAAACAGUCGACGGUGACCUGACCACCGACAGAUUCCAGUUGAAACGAGCUGAGAAGCGUCGGCUACCCCUAGUCUUGCGGAAUAUAAUCCUGUUCACAUUGGUCCACCUGGCUGCUCUAUAUGGCCUGCACUCCAUAUUCACAAGGGCGAAACUGGCCACCACACUUUUCGCUGCCGGAUUGUAUAUCAUUGGCAUGCUGGGCGUUACAGCCGGCGCCCAUCGUCUGUGGGCGCAUCGCACCUACAAGGCCAAGUGGCCCCUGCGCCUGCUCCUGGUCAUCUUCAAUACGAUCGCCUUCCAGGAUGCCGUCUACCACUGGGCCCGUGACCAUCGCGUCCACCACAAAUUCUCGGAAACUGAUGCAGAUCCACACAACGCAACCAGGGGAUUUUUCUUCUCGCAUGUGGGCUGGCUGCUCUGCAAGAAACAUCCGGAUAUCAAGGAAAAGGGAAGGGGACUGGACCUCUCCGACCUACUCGCCGAUCCCAUCUUGAUGUUCCAACGAAAGCACUACUAUAUCCUCAUGCCGCUGGCCUGCUUCGUUCUGCCCACCGUAAUUCCAAUGGUUUACUGGAAUGAGACACUGGCCUCCUCCUGGUUCGUGGCCACCAUGUUUAGGUGGUGCUUCCAGCUGAACAUGACCUGGCUGGUGAACAGCGCAGCCCACAAAUUCGGAAAUCGGCCAUACGACAAGAGCAUGAAUCCCACCCAGAAUGCCUAUGUAUCGGCCUUCACCUUUGGCGAGGGAUGGCACAACUACCAUCACGCGUUUCCAUGGGACUACAAGACGGCCGAAUGGGGUCGCUACUCUCUGAACAUAACGACGGCCUUCAUCGACUUGUUCGCCAAGAUCGGCUGGGCCUACGACCUCAAGACAGUGGCUCCCGACGUGAUCCAGCGACGGGUGCUCCGCACUGGUGACGGUAGCCACGAACUGUGGGGCUGGGGCGAUAAGGACUUGACAGCGGAGGAUGCCAGGAACGUGCUCCUUGUGGAUAAAGGUAGAUGACGAUUGAUGUAGUACUCUUAAAUGAAAAACUUAUUAAGUACAAACUUUAAGCGAUUUUCACUAAGAUUAAAUAUAUUGAUCGGUUAUAUUCUAAAAGGAAA